AUGGCGUUGAAUUAUAUUGUUUCCGCUAAAAAGGCUUCAGUGGUAACAGAUGCAGUCGUUGGAAACUUCACAGGCGAUGAGGAUAUGAACUUGAUUCUGGCGAAAAUAAAUCGGCUAGAAAUCGUAAAACUUGCGUCAGAUGGUUUAAAAGUGGUUCAGGAGGUUCCAGUAUUUGACCUAUCUGGUCUAUCUAUCUGUCAAGUUCUACCAUCUCCUUGUAUUCAGACCCGCGAUAGUCUCUUGAUACUCACAGCCAAGAAUCAUCUGGCGAUCGUUGCUUGGGACGUCGAGAAGAAUGAGCUGAUGACCAGAGUGGCCGGGAACGUUUGCGAUCGUGUUGGCAGACCGAGCGAUUCAAUUAGACUUGCGUAUAUAUCACAGGAUUCUAAUGGAAGACAUAUGAAGACGGUUGAAUUAUCAGUGGUCGAGAAAGAACUUAAGACCGUUUCUAAACAAGACAAUAUCGAAACGGAAGCUAGGAUGAUCAUUCCUGUGCCUCAACCCUGCGGUGGUGUUGUGGUGGUUGGCCAGGAGACAAUACUAUACAAUAGUGAAGACAAUGUUUAUCUAACUAUAUCACCGAAUACAAUGAAUAGAGCGCUCUUCACGUGCUAUGCCCCUGUCGACACAAAUGGCCAGAGGAUUCUUUUGGCUGAUGACCAAGGUGUGCUUUACAUGCUUGUUCUGGACGUGGACACCAAAGGGCCAAGUCCGUGUGUCAAAGACCUGAAGAUAGAGUCACUUGGAGAGACUACAAUUGCGGAAUGCUUGGUUUACCUGGACAACGGGGUUUUGUUUGUUGGAUCAAGAUUUGGAGAUUCCCAACUUGUUCGUCUGACUUCGCAGCCGAACAUUGAAAAUAACUCUUUUGUACAGGUUUUACAAACUUUCACCAAUCUUGCUCCGAUUAGAGAUAUAGCGGUCAUGGAGUGCGACGGACAAAAUCAAAUAAUCACUUGCUCUGGAGCGUUCAAAGAGGGUUCACUUCGCAUUAUCCGAAAUGGUAUUGGUAUUGAUGAGGCGGCUUCUGUGGACAUUCCUGGAGUGAAGGGAAUCUUUACUUUAAAAGUCGAUUCCAAGUUGGACAAUUACUUGAUUGUCUCACUUAGUUCCGAGACGCACAUUCUAGCGAUGAAUGGUGAAGAGUUAGAAGAUACUCAAUUGCUUGAUCUGGAAACCGAUGAACACACGUUAUGGGCAGGAAUGUUAGGAUCGUCUCAAACUGUUCUACAGGUUACAUCCACUUCUGUGCUCUUAGCACAGGAAGGGAGCAAGAAAACAAUCUGGAAACCUUCGCAUAGUUCGUUUAUUGAUUUAGUCUCAGUUAAUCAAGAAAGCGGACAGUUGGUUGUUGCCUGCGGUACCCGCGUCUGUUAUUUGAAAUGCAGGGAAAUGACGAUUAGUGAAAUUGCAAGCACAAUUUUUCACGAUGAAGUGGCUUGCAUUGACGUUGGAACAAUAGAUUCUGAAGAAUCAUCCAUAAUUGCAAUUGGAUUCUGGAAGCACCACAGAAUCGCGCUUUACUCCCUCCCUAAUAUUACUGAGUUUGGAGUACGAAACUUAUUAGGAGCAUUGCUUGAAAUGAAAAAAGCUACUGUCGGAACGCAACCACCAAGUUUGAAUCGUUUUCACUCACGCGGCCAGAUGCAUAUAUUUGUGUGUAGCGAUCGACCGGCUGUCAUAUUCUCGUCUAAUGGGAAGCUGGUUUUUUCAAAUGUUAAUCUACGGAUUGUCACUCAUGUUUGUGCCCUCAACUCAUCGUCGUAUAGAAAUAGCCUUGUGAUGUCUGAUGGAGAAACAAUUGUAAUCGGAACGGUGGACGAAAUUCAGAAGCUUCACAUUCGAACCGUCUCUCUUGGGGAGUCUGUACGUCGCGUUGUCCAUCAGCCUGAAACCUCCACUAUGGCCAUACUCGUUAGCAGACCUGUUGACACCGAUCGUUAUUCGGUAUCGAAGAUGGCAUCGGCCAAAUCAGCAAGUAAAUGUAGCGCUGGUCAACGCCCCAGUGUCUCGAUAGAUGCUACUGAUGGCGACGUUCAUUCAGUUGUUACACUUGAUGACAAUACUUUUGAGUACUUACAUUGCCACGAACUCGGUCCGUGUGAACAAGCCCUUAGUGUAAUUUCUGCAAAACUUGGUGACGAUCCCGUAACAUAUUAUAUUGUUGGUACAGCUCUUGUCUACAGCGAUGAAACCGAGUCCAAAAACGGGCGAAUCCUUGUUUUCGAAUCCGGAAAAGGGUCAGAGCGCACUCAUCUCCGGUUAGUCCAUGAGAAAGAAAUACGUGGCGCUCCCUUCAGUAUGGAUACACUCAACGGCAAAUUAAUUGUUGCAAUUAAUAGUUCCGUCCGAUUGUUCGAGUGGACCGCAGAGAAGGAGCUGAGAUUGGAAUGUUCGCAUUUCAACUAUAUUACUGCGCUUUUUAUCAAAGUAAAGGGUGAUCAAGUUCUGGUGGGAGACCUUAUGCGGUCGAUAACGAUACUGAAUUAUAAAGCAGUUGAAAGUAUUUUUGAAGAGGUUGCCAAAGACUAUCGCGGAAUGUGGAUGUCUGCGGUUGAGUUCAUUGAUGCCGAAACUGCACUUGGUGCUGAAGCGGGACACAAUCUCUUCACGUGUGAAAUAGAUAGGGGGACCGAUAACGCAGAUGAGAAGCGCAGACUGGCUGAGGCAGGCAUGUUUUAUCUUGGAGAAAUGGUGAACGUUUUCCAAAGAGGUUCCCUAGUUUCAAGCCAUGUUGAUAAUCCUCUACCCAUUGAGAAGCCUAUUCUUUUCGGAACCGUUGAUGGAACAAUUGGUCUCAUUGUGCAGUUGCCGGAGAAGUAUUUUAAGUUCUUUUCUGAUGUGGAAAAGGGUGUGGCCAGAGAGACGGACAACUGUAUGCGAAUAGACCACGCUGUGUACCGUCAAUUCACCAGUGAAAAAAUUGUAGAUAAAGCUGUAGGAUUCAUCGAUGGAGAUCUAGUGGAGUCACUACUUGAUAUGCCUCAAGAGACGGCUGCCGCUGCAUUGGCUGAUAUUCAGCGACCAGGUUGA